UAAAAAGAAUUUAAGCAUCUGAUUAAACACGAAAACCGAAUUUUUGCUGCAGCAAAUGCAAUUGCCUUGAGCUUUGUGCAGAAGUGUAAGAGAAAAGCGAUAACAACAAUUGCGAAUAUCAAACAAAAGUGAAUUUGGGCUGCAUAAUUGAAUUACUGACUGACACACCUGACAACCGCAAUCCGCCCCCGCCCCCCGGAAAUACCAACGAUACGCAUCAGUGCAAGUGCAGGUGGAUUUCGAUUUGGAAGCUGGCUAGCUGACCGAGAUGCACCUGAGCGCCGAUAUAUCCAGUGCCCUGCAGCAAAUCGAGGCUGUGAAAAAGGGCAUUGAUGAAUCGGAGGAUGCAAAGCUGCAGAUGCAAACGGCGGAGAGUUUGAAUACGAUUUUGGGUAUAUUGACAGAUCCCGUGUUUCGCACCAUUGCCCAUGUGCAGGAGUCGCUGUUCGAGCUGGGCAUUCAGCUGGGCCAGCAUCCGUCCAUGUUGCCCAAUGACUUUGACAUCGAUGUCUCCGGCAAUCUGGUGCUCAGCCUCAAUGGUGGCGAUGUCAUGUACGACUCCUCGGCGCCCGCCAGUCCGGACAAGUCAACCUCAACCGGAGAGGUGGAAGCGCGUCCACAGAGUCAGAACUCCAAGACGGCCGCCAAUGCUGACUUAUAUGCUACGGACUACGCCCAAAUCCAGGCCAUUGAACUGGUCAACGAUGGCACUGGACUGGGCUUUGGUAUUAUUGGAGCACGCAAUUCGGGUGUCAUUGUCAAGACCAUACUGCCAGGAGGAGUUGCAGAUCGGGAUGGCCGCCUGCGCUCUGGUGAUCACAUCCUGCAGAUUGGCGAUGUUAAUCUGCAUGAGAUGGUGUCCGAGCAGGUGGCCGCCGUGCUGCGUCAGUCGGGCACACAUGUGCGGCUUGUGGUGGUGCGUCCCAUCGAGCAGACCAUGCCAACACCACAGUAUGCCUUGGAGCCGGGCAGCGCCGUUGUGCCCACCCGUGUUCUUGUCGAUCCUGCCGAGCUGGAGCGCUAUCUAAUCUCAAUUGGUUAUCCGGAGAUCUUUGGCGAAAGCUCGACGGCGUCUACGCCGCAAACAACGACGGAGGAUGAUCGUUUUGUGUAUCGCGGCGAGACAUCGAUGCUUAUAGAUCCAAGCAUUGAUCUGGAGGAGCUGUUGGCUCUGCCCGAGACGGAGAAACUGCAGGUGGAGCUUAAAAAGGAUGCCAAUGGCUUGGGCAUCACCAUUGCCGGCUAUGUGUGCGAAAAGGAGGAACUGUCGGGCAUCUUUGUGAAGAGCGUCUCUCCGGGAUCAGCUGCGGAUCUAAGCGGACGCAUUCGCGUCAACGACCGCAUUAUCGAAGUAGAUGGCCAGUCCCUGCAGGGCUAUUCCAAUCAUCAAGCGGUCGAGUUGCUUAAGAAGUCCGGCCAAGUGGUUAAUCUGAGACUGGAGCGCUAUUUACGUGGUCCCAAAUACGAGCAACUGCAGCAGGCCAUCGCAGCCAAUGCGAAUGAGAAGCUGCCCUCCAGUGCACCAGGCACACCUGCUCGAGCCCCCUUGCCCACACCCAUUGCCGUAUCCGUGGCCAGCACCUCGUCCACCACCCGGGAGCUGGAGGAUGAGACUCUACCCGCGCCGGAGGCCUUCAUGAUGACCACACCGCCAUCCAGCUCCUUGGCUACCACGACGACUUUGAGCAGCUUUGGCGCUGGAAAACAACUGGUGGGUAUGCGAGAUUCCCUUGAAGGUACCACUAAGAUAGUGCCCACGGAUGUGGUGCAACUGGCGGAUAAACAGGAGACCGCUGUGCAUGCCAAGAACGCAAGCCUUAUUACUCGUCACAAGUACUACACGGAUCCGGAACUCAGCGAGGAGAUUGAGACGGAAAUCAUCCGCAAGUGGCAAAAGAUUGUUGGCCCUGACAUGGAGGUGAUUGUGGCGCAGAUCAAGAAAUUCGCUGUUGGCGGAUUGGGCAUCUCGUUGGAGGGCACCGUGGAUGUCGAGGGUGGACGAGAAGUGCGUCCUCAUCAUUAUAUACGCUCCAUACUGCCCGAUGGCCCCGUUGGCGUCAAUGGUGUCCUGCGCUCCGGCGAUGAGCUCCUGGAAGUCAAUGGCGAACGUCUGCUGGGCAUGAAUCAUUUGGAAGUGGUGGCCAUUUUGAAGGAACUGCCAUUGGAUGUGCGCAUGGUGUGCGGAAGAGGCAAGGCCACUUCCCUGCUGCCCUUCUCCGACGACACACUCAAGAAGCUGAGCAAUAACUUUGAGAAUCUGCUGCCAGCAACAGAUCGCCUGGUUAAGGCCAAGUCCGAUGGUAGCCUGGCCACAGCUGGUUCCGUUGCCGAUGCGGAUUCUGUGGCCGUCGCGGCCUCCUCGUUCAACAAGCUGAAAUCUCGCUCGCUGGAGCCACUCACUGGACUGGCCAUGUGGUCAUCGCAGCCACAGAUCAUUGAGCUGCUAAAGGGCGAUCGAGGCUUAGGAUUCUCCAUACUGGAUUACCAGGAUCCAUUGGACUCGAAUGAUACACUGAUUGUUAUACGCUCCCUGGUGCCGGGUGGCGUUGCCCAGCUGGACGGAAGACUUAUUCCGGGUGAUCGUUUGCUCUUUGUGAACUCAAUCAAUCUGGAGAACGCUUCGCUGGAUCAGGCAGUGCAGGCAUUGAAAGGCGCGCCCAAGGGAGUGGUCCGCAUUGGGGUGGCCAAACCGCUGCCCAUGACGGAUAACUCGCUGAAGGCGUGCAGUAAUGCCAGCACCACCAGCGAGGAGACGCUGGAUGCCCAGCAAUCACCGCCAGCACUGCCCACCGCAGCGCCUCCAACUGCGGUCAAAGGCGCCGAGCCGGAUUUGAUACCCGACUGGCGGAAAUAGACGACGUAGGGAUUGGCUCCCUCCAGAUAUUAUUAUUAUUAUUAUACUUGUAUGUUAUGCGUAUGUAGUAGCACCAAAUGUGUUGACCAGAGCCGCUUUACGGACUCGUCUCGCCUCUAUUCCGGAAACUGUAAACCGGACAGCUGCAUUCCGAAUAUAUCGCAAUAUUUUCAUUCCCUUUAGUCUUAGUGUUAGAAUGUGUAUGAAUUUAAUGUACUUAAAGCUAAAUAAAUUAUGCAAUUCGUUUACAAAA